CUUCCGUGUCCUCUACACAGCCAACUUUGUCUUCUGAACUACAUACGGAGAGAGAACCUACACUUCCACAGCCAUGAUGACUGGUGUUCUGAAGAUGCUGUGCGUUCUGCUCUGUGCAGUGUUCACUUCUGCUGAUGUCAUGCCCAUGACUGACUUCAACCUGGAAAAGAUGGGAGGAAAGUGGUAUCUCAUUGGCUUUGCUACAAAUGCGAAAUGGUUUGUCAGUCACAAGGCUGACAUGAAGAUGGGAACUGCCAUGAUGGUGCCUACCGAGGGCGGAGACCUUGAUCUCACUUGCACUAACCUGAAACGUGAUGGUUCCUGCUGGAGAAUGACACACCUCGCCAAGAAAACCGAGACGCCAGGACGUUUCGUCUUCCACAGCCAGCGUUGGGGAAAUGACAAUGACAUGCGUGUGGUUGAAGCCAAAUUCGACGAGUACGCUCUCGUGCACAUGAUCAAGACCAAGGGAGGCGUUUCUGAGGUUCUCAACAAACUCUUGAGUCGUACCACCGAAAUUUCUGACGACUUGAAGGAGAAGUUCAGGCAGUUCUCUCUGGACACUGGCGUCCUUGAGGAAAACAUUGCCAUACUGCCACCAAAUGGAGAGUGCUCAGCUGCCUAAGGAUCUCAUCCAAAACAACCAAAAAAAGACACAAGACAUCUCCUGCUGGUCCGAUCACUUCACCUAAAAACAGAUGUGAAUUUGCUGGCCUUCUGUCUGCUUGGUUUUCACCUCUUUCUUAGUGUAUAGAAGCAUAAGUUUUUCUUUUUAAACAUUAGGUUGUGCUAACAAUGACAAUCCAAUUUACAACUACAGAGCAUAUCUAAAGAUCCUCCCAAUCCUCUUUCAUUUUUGUCUCUGGUGCUUUUGUUUACUGCUCUUAGAUUAAAAUUGGUUUACAAAUGACAAAA